AAAAUCCAGGGAUUGUGUAGAAAAUGAUGGCUGGGAAAUUGUUUCCUGAAACGUAUAUCGGCGAUUCCGAGGAAGUAUGUAGAAAAAAUCCAUCUGGAAAGAAACAUCUCAUGCCCCAAAGAGACAUCAAGUCUGCAAGCCUCUUGAGUUUUGAUAAUGUAUCUCACGAUAGUGACAAUUUGGUGGAUUCUGGAGAACUGAAGGAGCAGUUGGCUUCUGAAGGCAUUCCCCACAGUGAAGAAGUGUAUGUUGGCAAAGAGAAAGAGACAGAGCAAAUGCCCAGUAGUUACCAGAAGGAAGAACAUGAAGGAAAUCAACAGCAACAGAAACCACAAUAUACAAAUUUGCUUGAUUUUAGAUGGCUGCAGGAGAAGGAGGAGGAAGAAGCAGCUCACCAAGAUGAUUCUAGUAGUAUACUGGAAGAUCUUAGCAGCCAAGGGGUAUUUAUGAAACAUUCAGCAUGUGAUGCUCAGGAAGGGCUUUGGCCCCCGCCUGGGGACAAUACAGAAGAACAUCUGGAGCCAAGAGUGAAUGAGGUGUCUUUGAUAGAUAGCUUUGAAUCCGAUGGAAAACUCCUGCCAAAGACCAAUCUUUCAAAGUCCAGCUGCCCUGAAAGCAGUCCCGUGGACCAUGAGGGCUACUAUCUGUGUGAUGAAGAAGCCCUCCUAAAGGAAUCCAGUGCUUCCACCGGCUAUUAUCCUUGCUAUCGAACGUAUGUGGAGUUCCCCCGGUACCAGGCUCCCAACACUAAUAACCACAGUGAGGGGAAAGGAAGUCCCUGCGAUGCCUGUGUGCAGUGUGAUGGGUCUCUACAGGAAGAAACCACUGGCAGAGAGAAAAGGGGAGUAGAAGCUAACAAUCACUUAAAAGAGCUUAAGGUAUCAGUAGCUCUCUGUGAUUCUUCCCAUGGCCAACCUAGUGGUGGCUCCAGGCCUGGAUCUGGUGGGAGAAAGCUAGAAGGACCUGGAGGGAGGCGUUUGAGGCCACCUAUCAACAGUGGCCAAGAGUCAGGUAGCACUCGGAAGGAGCAAGAGGGAACUCUGAAGCCCCGCACCCCAGGGAACUCCCCAUCCAAGUUGAGUGCAAGGCUCACUGAUCCCAAAGAGCCACCAGCCUCAGUGCCACGGAACAGCCUCCUGCUGCCAACAGCCAACGUGAGCAGGAAAUCUCCCCAGAAAAGGAAGCACAGAAGUGGCCAAGCAGAUGAGAAGGAGCAGGCCACAUCGAUAGAACUAAAGCCACUGCUCCAUGACCAGCGCUCGUUGCCCCCGAGUCCAGAGGAGAAGACAGGACCUCUAAAGGUGUGCUGCUAUGGCACAGAAGCAGCAGGGGAGAAUACCCAGGUCCAAUUGGCAAAGGACAGAAAGAAGCUGAGCCCUCGGCAGCUGCCUUCUGCUGUGCCCUCCACCGUAGCCGCUGAGUCUCCCCCCAGUCCUACAGAACCCCACACCACCUCCUCCCGUCUCAGCUUCCACACCAUCGUCUCCUGGGUCUGGAGGAUCUUCAAGAAACCGCCCCCGGCACAACCACAGCCUAGUACCAGUGGUGAAGCUGAAAUAGGAGGCAGCAGCCAGUCGCUGACCACUCGCAUAAGACUGUGGCUCACCCUGCGCAGCAGCCGCAUUCACCCCAGACCACCCUGAGGUUGGUGAUCCACCUCGGGGGGGAACCAGGAGAC